AUGAACAGGGAUAAGCAGGAAACUACAAGCGUAUUCGUAACAAGCAAUGAACCAGGUCAGAAUAAGGCUUCCAGAGAGCAGUAUGUUCCUCUAAGGAUUGAUGAGUCGGAUCGUGUGCUAGCACAAGCGAUGAGCAGUCUUCCGACUGCCGAGAGAGACAAGAUCAUCGAAGAAGUCCACGGAGUUUCUAAACCUAUCGAAGAAACUGCUGACUUUGUUUCACAGAAGCUUGCUGCAUUGGAAUCUGAGAUCUCUAUUAAGAAGAACGAUGCCUAUGAGAUUGCACUGACACAAAAUCGAGUUUUUGUAGAAGAUUCUGGCUUCCAAUUAAUGUUUUUACGAAGCGAAGGCUUUGUUGCCAGCGCGGCUUCCAUCCGAAUGAUGCAGUAUUUGAAAUUGAAGCAGAAGUACUUUGGAGAAGAGAGAAUAACCAAACACAUCAAUUUCCUUGAUUUAUCGGAGGAUGACAAAUCAUCAUUAGAAACUGGCGCAAUCCAAGUUCUGCCUGAGAAAGAUCGUUCCGGAAGAGCUGUUGUCGCCGUGUUACCAUCAUUGUGGAACCACCAGCAUACCCCCGAAAACAGGAUGCGGGCAAGCUACUUGCUGGAGAUGUCACUCCUUCAAGAUAUUGACGUACAAAAGAGAGGUGUGGUUUACAUUUAUUACGAUACCAAGCCAUAUAGCAGUGGUCUGAGUGCCCCGGAUGCUGCGAUGGUAUCGUUUGCUAAAACCCACAAAGCCUCGAUGCCGGUACGCUACGCGGCAUAUCACAUUUGCCUACGCGAUCGAUCUGGGUACCAUUCAAUCGGCCAUGCUAUAUCGAAAAAGGAGGAUAUCGUUAAAGGGAUCUCGCACUACGGUGAUGACAAAGAGUGCCGGCUGAAAUUGCAAGGCUUUGGUAUCCCCGUUUCAUGUUUCCCGAUCAACUCGGAGGGAGCUAUGAAUAUUGAUGCUCAUUUUAAAUGGGUACAAGAACAGAAGGAAAAUAUUGAUAAUACCGCUCAUCGCAGAAGGACUCGCAGCACAGAACAGUCCUUCCCCGCUCCACAAGAAAACUACAAACCAGGAUAUGGCAUGGAUGUUGCUGAUGAUUCAGACGAUCAGAUGGUAGCGGAUAGUUCCCAAGAACCAGCGUCUGAUGAGGCAACCCUGGCUCGAGCUGCUCAAAUGGCUCCAAGAUCUGCGCUCCAACCAGUUAUUACAGACGUUGUAUUUGGAAGGGGGCGAUGGUUCCAGUAUUUUCCAGGGAACAUAUUGUUUCGUGAGUUUUUGGAAGAGAGGGAUGCCGAGUACAACGGGGCAAGCAGAUCCGACAAGGUAAACAUGACAAAAAACAUCGUCGCUGAUUUGAAAGGUUCUGGUCGAAGAUUCUUGAAACUGGAACGAAAUCAGAGAGGGGACGACAUCUGGACCGAAGUCAAUGAUAAGGAAAUCUACAAGAAAGUUUCUCAAUGCUACCGCACAGUCCGAAAGAAAGAUAAAAAUUGA